AUGAUGCACAUCUCAACGCACAAAUCCUCUCUACGAUCUGGCCCAAACGUUCAUAUUCUCUUUUCCCACUCUGCACGCCCCUCAUUCAAUCGCAAGUCAAUGGCACCGUCGCGCCGAACAACCCGGGCAACCUCCAAGAAGGCCGCCGCUUCCCGCAAAGGGACCAACCGCCUACCCUUAUCCUCGUCGGAGCAGAAGCAGCGCAUCGCCGCAGUCGAGGCCGUGCGCGCCGCUUCCCGCAAAGCGGCCAGCCGGAUGCCCCCAUCCUCGUCGCUCGCAGAGCAAGUCCGGGCGCUGGAGCGCGCCCACGCGGACCUCGUCGCCGAGUCGGCGCAGCAGCAGCAGCGCAUCGCCGGGCUCGAGGCCGCACUCGCCGAGGGCAAGCGCAAGCACGCCGCGGAGCGCCUCCGGCUGAUCCAGCGCGGCGGCCUCUUUCUCGGGAAGACGCAGCGGGCACUGGAGCAAAAAGUCGCGCUCGAGGCGCAGCUGGCCGCCGCCGAGACGCGGCUCGCCAGCCGCGCCGCCUGGGAGGAGCAGGUCGCGCGCGACCGCCUCGAGAGCAAGAUUCUCUGGACCGCCGCGCAGGUCGCCAUACAGAGGCUGUGCGGGCCGGAGCAGCAGCGCGGGCUGGAGCGCAUCCUGACGUGCUGCCAAAAGGCGUUUACCGGGCCCGCUUGCUUGCCGGCAUCGGUGUCCUCGGUCAUGGCCGAGGAUCCUUUUGUCGUGCAGGUGCCGAGCACGCCGCCGCACGUGCAGCAGAUGCCCCUGACGCCCGUGUCGGUGGCCCCGGAGAGCGUGCAGGCCGAGGGCUCGAGCUCGCCCGUACGCGGUAGCUACACGCCGCGCCGCGAGGGGCUGCGCCCGAAACGAAAGGCUGUCGACGCCAACGGCAGUCCGGGGUACACAAGAAUAUGA